AUGCAGUUAUUGUUCGGUUUAUCACAAGAGACUCUAUAUCUGUUUGAUUUGUCGUUCGAUAUCUUGUUCAAGUCAUAUUCUUUUGCAUACCCAAUCGAAAAAGGACAUGAUAUCGCCAUUGAUGUCGAAAGAUCUGAGCUUUAUUGUUACUCUUGCAUUGAUCAAGUGUACGAUCCUGAGUUCGACGAGGUUGUUAGUGGUUUAGGUAUGUCUGUUAAAUCCGGAGCAGAUGUUGUUAUUGCUACGGGUAGAUAG